AUGACCACCGCCAAAGCGCGGGGCAAGCUGCCCGAGACCAUCGACUUAACGCAGCAGCCCUCUGCUUUCAAGCCCUAUGCUGGUGCCAAGAAACUCGUCAUCAAGAACUUACGAGCACCCACGAAUCGAGACAACCAAGUAGCCGAGUACUACAAGCGGACAGAGAAGGAGCUUGACGGUGCUUUGGAGGCUAUCUUCGAGGGGAGGACGCCUGAUGUUCCUCUCGAGAGGCUUUACAGAGGUGUCGAGGAUGUUUGUCGCAAGGGUGAUCCGGCCAAGGUCUACCAGAUGCUUAAUGAUAGAGUCGAUGUGCAUCUGCAACGCACUGUCCUACCAAGGAUCCAGAAGAACAGGCGAGCUUCCAAUCUUGACACACUGAAGAGCUCUCUUGAAGAAUGGAAGACCUGGAAUAAGCAAACAAUAUUGAUCAGAUCGACUUUCAGCUUUCUUGACCGAACAUACUUAUUACGAGAGAACUACCCAUCCAUAAACGAUAUGGCCAUUGGCCAGUUCCGGAAAAUGGCGUUCCCUUCUCAAAUACAUUCAUACAAGAACUCGGUUGGCGUGAAAGUCAUCGCCGGUAUCUGCGAAUUGGUCGAAAACGACCGGAGGGGCAAUGGCCAGAUUGAGCCAGCAUUGCUCAAGGAUUCUAUCAUGAUGCUGUAUGUCUUGGGCGUCUAUGUCAAGCACUUUGAGCCCUUCUUUCUAGAGCAAUCUGAAGGGUAUUUCAAAGAAUUCGGUGAGGCUUGGAGCACCUCCAGCCUUAAAGAUUAUAUCCUGGUUUGCGAGAAGCUUCUGAAAAAGGAAGAUUAUCGCUGUAUUCAGUUCAAUCUCGACAGCACUACUGAGAAGCAACUCAUGGAUUCCGCUCAUACGCUCCUAAUUGGCAAUUAUUCAGAAAAGCUGUUGAAUGGCGGCAACCUAGGGAAGCUUUUAGCCGAUAGAGAAGUUGAAUCCAUGAAGGCUUUAUACGAUUUGCUGCGGCUGUCAGGCAUCCAGAAGAAGAUGAAAGCUCCAUGGGGCGAGUACAUCAGGGGGGCAGGGGCAAACAUCAUCAGCGAUAAAGAGAAGGGUGACGAAAUGGUCUUGCGCUUGUUAGAACUGCGACGUUCACUUGACCUGAUGAUCCGAGACGCCUUCAACAAAGACGAGGAUUUCCUUUGGGCCAUGAGAGAAUCAUUCGGCAAAUUCAUGAACGAUAGAAAGGUCGCAUCUUGCUGGGAAACAGGGACAUCCAAGAUUGGUGAGAUGAUCGCCAAGUACAUCGAUAUGCUUUUACGAGGCGGUCUGAAAUCGUUGCCCAAAGAGCUCUUGUCUGAUUUGAAGGAUCGCGAGAAAGCGCAGAAAGAAGGUCAGGCCAGCACUGGCGACGAGGACGCUGAGCUUGACAGGCAACUUGACCAAGCACUCGAGCUUUUCCGAUUCAUUGAGGGCAAAGAUGCGUUUGAAGCCUUUUACAAGAAAGAUUUGGCUCGGAGAUUGCUCAUGAGUCGAAGCGCAAGCCAGGACGCUGAGCGAAACAUGCUUACCAAACUCAGGGGCGAGUGCGGUGCCAACUUUACGCAGAACUUGGAGCAAAUGUUCAAAGACCAAGAGUUAGGCAAAGAUGAGAUGGAGUCUUAUAAGCAAUGGUGCCAAGGCAGCGCUGAUCGCAAGGCCCCUCUGGAUCUUUCGGUCAUGAUACUUUCGGCUGCUGCUUGGCCAACAUAUCCCGACGUUCGUCUCAAUUUGCCUGACGAGGUUGCUACUCAGAUUGAGAGAUUCGACAAGUACUACAAGAAUAAGCAUACGGGUCGUGUGUUGACAUGGAAGCAUUCCUUGGCUCAUUGCUCUAUCAAGGCCACUUUCGCCAAGGGUACCAAGGAACUUCUUGUGUCAGCUUACCAGGCUGUCGUUCUUAUGAUGUUCAACAGUGUACUGGACGACGGCUUCUUGGUCUACGAGCAGAUUGCCACAGGAACCGGUCUUCAAGGUGGGGACCUCAAUCGCACUCUUCAGUCGCUUGCCUGUGGUAAGGCGAGAGUGCUAACUAAGCACCCGAAGGGUCGGGACGUCAAGCCUACGGACAGUUUUACAUUCAACAAGGCUUUCACGGAUCCUAAAUACCGAGUUAAGAUCAACCAAAUCCAGCUUAAGGAGACUAAAGAAGAAAACAAGGCAACACACGAGAGGAUCGUGCAAGACCGACGAUUUGAGACGCAGGCUGCUAUCGUGCGGAUAAUGAAGAGUCGAAAAAGUAUGGGACAUUCGGAGCUGGUGGCAGAGGUUAUCAACUUGACCAGAAAGAGGGGCAGCAUUGAUACCUCGGCGAUCAAAAAGGAGAUUGAAAGUCUAAUUGAGAAGGAUUAUAUCGAACGAGAGGGCAAUGCAUACGUGUACCUGGCAUAA